AUGACUGGAGAGAAGAUACAGCAGAUUGAGUGCAUGACUGGGGAUAAGAUACAGCAGAGUGAACGUAUGACUGGAGAGAAGAUACAACAGGUUGAAUGCAUGACUGGGGAUACGAUACAGCAGAGUGAACGCAUGACUGGAGAGAAGAUACAGCAGAUUGAGUGCAUGACUGGGGAUAAGAUACAGCAGAUUGACUGCAUGACUGGGGAUAAGAUACAGCAGAGUGAACGCAUGACUGGAGAGAAAAUACAGCAAAGUGAACGCACGACUAAAGAGAAGAUACAGCAGAUUGAGUGCAUGACUAGGGAUAAGAUACAGCAGAGUGAACGUAUGACUGGAGAGAAGAUACAACAGGUUGAAUGCAUGACUGGGGAUACGAUACAGCAGAGUGAACGCAUGACUGGAGAGAAGAUACAUCAGAUUGAGUGCAUGACUGGGGAUAAGAUACAGCAGAUUGACUGCAUGACUGGGGAUAAGAUACAGCAGAGUGAACGCAUGACUGGAGAGAAAAUACAGCAAAGUGAACGCACGACUAGAGAGAAGAUACAGCAGAUUGAGUGCAUGACUGGGGAUAAGAUACAGCAGAGUGAACGCAUGGCUGGGGAGAAGAUACAGCAGAGUGAACGCAUGGCUGGGGAGAAGAUACAGCAGAGUGAACGCAUGGCUGGGGAGAAGAUACAGCAGAGUGAACGCAUGGCUGGAAAGAAGAUACAGCAGAUUGAGUGCAUGACUGGGGAUAAAAAAAAAAUGUCAGAGUAG